UGAAGCUGGAUGUCAGGGGUGAUGCUGCAAACAUUUAAUCAUUACCAUAUAUGGCGCCGCUGCUGUCCAAUGAGAAGCGCAGCAUUGAAGCAUCCAGAGUAGUUUGAUUUUGAACCUUCAUGCUCUACAGGCGCCGUCACACAGAAGCUCGCUGUGAAGCAGGAGCUGCAGGUGAAGGGCUGCUCAUCAUUGGAGGACACAAAUUAGAAAGCAUGAGUUCAUGCAGCACGAGCGUUAAGGAAAAUCAGAACCUGGACAACCACGUCUCCAAAGAGGGGACUGCAGCUGAGGCUGUUCAACUCCCCAGUGGGAAUGCUAGGCGUGGGAGGAAACGUCCCUUAGAAGAAGGCAAUAAUGGGCAUACCAAUUCCAGGUACAAGCCCAGGAAGCGUAAGAAAGUCCCUUGGCCCAUACUGCCCAAAAAUGCUCUUAUGCAGCUGAACGAGAUCAAGCCAGGCUUGCAGUAUAAGCUCCUCUCUCAGACUGGGCCGGUCCAUGCACCAGUCUUUGUGAUGACUGUGGAGGUCAAUGGGCAGGUUUUUGAAGGUCUGGGUCCUACCAAGAAGAAGGCUAAGCUGAGUGCAGCAGAAAAGGCACUGUGCUCCUUCGUCCAGUUUCCUAAUGCAUUGGAAGCACAUGUUGCCAUGGGCCGGACCCUGUCUGCUCACACGGACUUCACCUCAGACUAUGCCAUUCCAGAUAUGCUCUUUAAUGCAUCGGAGACAUUCAACCCUACAGAUGACACUUUUUACCUUGGUUCCAAUACCAGUUUCUUCAGUUCACUGGAAAUAGAGUACCCAUUGCCAUCAUCUCCUGUCCCAAACCUGGCACAGUCUCCCUUACCUCCAGCACCCUCCACCUUCAUCUCCCUAACAGCUGGCAAGAAUCCUGUCAUGUUCCUCAAUGAGGUGCGGCCAGGCCUCAAGUAUGACUUUAUGUCAGAGAGCGGGGAGAGCCAUGCCAAGAACUUUGUCAUGUCGGUGACGGUAGACUCUCAGAAUUUCCAGGGUUCUGGGCGCAAUAAGAAGCUGGCCAAGACUCGGGCUGCCCAAGCUGCUCUGUCUGCUCUCUUUAAGAUACAGCUAGACCAGACACCAUCACGACAGCCAAUACCCAGAGAGGGACUGCAGCUUCACCAGCCACAGGUCCUUGCAGAUGCAGUCUCUCAUCUAAUUAUUGAUAAGUUCAGCAAACUGACGGAUAACUUCAGGGCUCCACAUGCUCAACGGAAAGUCUUGGCAGGUGUUGUCAUGACAGCAGGUGCAGAUGUGAAGGAGGCUCAGGUCAUCUGUGUAUCCACAGGGACAAAGUGCAUCGGUCGUGAAUACAUGAGUAACCGAGGUUUGGCCCUCAAUGACUGCCAUGCAGAGAUUGUAGCUCGUCGGUCUCUCAUUAGGUUCCUGUACUCCCAGCUGGAGUACUUCCUCAGUAACUGUGAAGAAGAACAUCAGAAAUCCAUUUUUAUGCGGUGUGAUAACAGUCAGGGCUUCAGAGUAAAGGAAAAUGUCCAAUUCCACCUGUAUAUCAGCACCUCCCCCUGUGGAGAUGCUCGCAUCUUUUCACCUCAUGAAGGCAGAGUGGACGAUCAGGGAGAUGGACAUCCCAACACAAAGGCCCGUGGGCAGCUGCGCACUAAAAUUGAGUCUGGUGAGGGAACCAUACCUGUGCACUCCAGUAACACCAUCAAGACGUGGGACGGUGUUCUUCACAGAGAAAAGCUGCUUAACAUGUCUUGCAGUGACAAGAUUGCAAGGUGGAACGUUGUCGGAUUUCAAGGCUCUUUGUUGAGCUACUUUACUGAGCCCAUCUAUUUCUCCAGCAUCAUCCUGGGCAGCCUGUACCAUGCCGACCACCUGUCCAGAGCCAUGUACCAGCGGAUUACUGAGAUUGAAGAGCUACCGCAGUCCUUUAGCCUGAACAGGCCACUGCUCAGUGGAAUAAGUAACACAGAGGCCCGCCAGCCAGGAAAAGCUCCAAACUUCAGUGUAAACUGGACGGUGGGGGACAAGGGCUUAGAGCUGAUCAAUGCCACCACUGGGAAAGAUGAUCUGGGUCGACCCUCCAGGCUUUGCAAACAUGCCCUCUACAGCCGAUGGAUGAAUCUACACUGCAAGCUCUCCUCCAUGCUGUGGAUCAGAACAGUGAGGCUCAGAAGCUACCAUGACACCAAACAGGCAGCGAAGGAAUAUCAUUCUGCAAAGGAGACACUCUUCAGGGCCUUCCACAAAGCUGGACUGGGCACGUGGAUAAAGAAGCCUAUAGAGCAGGACCAGUUUGUCCUUUCUAGCUGAAUUAGCGCAUUCUACCUUGAUUUUUGUAACAUUGUGCUACUCCCUCUUAGCCUGGACUACAUGUUAAAAAGGUCAAUAUUCAGUCAGCUAUACGACUUCAUACAAAGGGUAAAUGUAAAAACAGACUGAGAAUAGCAGUAACUUAGUAAACUGUUACUUGAUAUGUUGAUAUGUUCUUUCGCAGGUAUGGUUAUGCUAAAUUAAUCAAAUAUCAAAACCUUUGCUUUCGCAUUCUGUAUUGUGAGCUCUAAAUGAUCAGAGCUGCACAUCUCUCACUGACUAAACUCACAAGGACACAGCAUUUCUUUCUGAGUUUUAAUACACACACUCAUAUGUCUUAUCUGCUUGAAAAAUGUAUGUCUUUGCUUCUUUUGUUCUUGGGUAAGCACACCUACAGUCUGUUUAUCUACUUCAUUUUUAUGCAACAGUUAUAACAUUUCAAUUACUUGCAGUCAGUUCCUUAUCAAUUACAGAAACUGAAACGUGAAUAAAGAAUAAUUCCCGAGUUCCAGUAGGGAAAAAAAGACAGAAAAGACCUUUGUGAACCCUUUGGAGUUACCAGGAUUUCUAAAUUGCAAGAUUUGCAGAAUUAUGCAGUCUAGCUCACAGUUUUUAAUGAAAGGUAAGCCGGACUUCAAUAUCUUUCAAUCCCAUCUUUCUUCACAGUAAACAAGCACUCUGGCAAUCUGUGACUCUUCAGUCUGUCUUAAGUUGGAUUUAUAGUAUCUUUGAGCUACAAGUCUGACUGCGUGACUUUACUGGAUACUCCCUCUAACCACACUGUUUUAAUACUGUUAGAGGGUUUUGUCACCCAACAGUGUAACUAUGUAAACAGAAUAUUCAUGCAAACUUCAGUCCAGAGCUUCCCACAAAAAUCCAACACUGUUAAUGUCACCAAAGAGGUCAUCUGUGGGUGUUUUGAUUAGAACUCAACUCUUAAUCUCCAACACUAUGAAUAAUCGGAAAGCUCAAACAUGUUCUCAGUGUUGUACCAUCAGUCUGAAAUCAUGUUCUGUCUCCCAUAGUGUACGUGAUCCUUCAGCACUGCUUAAAAGACUGCUGCUUGCCUUUCAAAAUGAGAAGUUGCUCCCAAAUGUCACAAACUGUACACACCUUGUCUUUAAGUCCUGCAGUUUUUAAUUGUCUCAUUUGGAUGGGUUCCUGAUGCAGAUAUUUAUAUACCUAGAACUAACUAGAUACCCACCUGCAACAUAAGCAGUGAAACUUCUCUCCUUACACAAACCCUCUUACACUAGAGUAGAGUACCAACCUUUGCGCAGCGAAGCUCAACUAAACCAACAUUUUCAUAUCUACAGAGGCAGUAAAUCCCAGAAUCACAAUACUUCUGGAAUCCAGCAUAUCUUGUUGUAGAUGUGGUGCUGGCACAGAUAAUUUAGUCAGUUUUACCACCAGUAAAAUCUUACUAAAGAUGAUGUUAAAACCUUUGAAAUUCCAGCUUUUCCAGGAUUCCUGCUGUUCUUUUAUAAUUGUAAUAUACCUCAGUAGACCUUAUAUCUCAAGCCUCAGAGAAGUAUGUGAAUGGACUGCAACCAACAAAGGGCAUUUUUAACUAAUUUACUUUCACUCUUUAUAAAUGUUAGUGUGAAUCCUGCUGUUUGUAGUUUAAUGCUGAAGACACGCCCUAUCUUUGAGCACCUGUGAACUUGACCCCUCUGUGCGUGAGUCUUUCCUCUCUACGUGCCACUAACAGGUGAGCUUCUUUGGUUGUGGAUCGGUCACUUUGUUAUCGUUACAUUAAAUAAAACAACCCCUCGGGGCCGAUUGUGAGGGCUACCUGUUAAGCAUGUCACAUGUAAAUGUCUAAUAUAUAUAAAUACAGUCAAGUCCCUGAUUUAAUGAAUACUGAAAUAAUGAUCAAAUAAA